AUUGUAUUUAAAAUAUCACAAUAUCAAGAACACAAUCCCAUUAUUUCAUUCACCUACUUAAUGUAUACGCCUUUAUGAAAUUAAAUAUCUUUCUUUUUAUUGAAAUAGGGAAUAAGUUUAGUAUUCGCCUUAGUUCUUACAUAUCAAAAAUAUGUGAGUUGUAAACUUUUAGUUCGUAUUUAUACCGUUCCGAACUGUAUAAUUUGUAUGUAAAUAAUACUUGUGAAUUACAUUAGUCAGUUGAAUUCGACUACUAAACAAACGAUUAUGUCGACUAUCAGACGGGGACCACUUGAUCUACAACAUGAAAAUCGCGUUGGGAGUAUUUUAGAUUGACUUUCAGACAACUAGGUUUUUAUUCAUGAAGUGCAUUGUUAACUUUUAUUUAUCAAUUGAGCAACUUGGAUAAGAGCCUCAGAAGUGAUAUUACGAUUUUUGAAAUCACGGAUAAUUAUCCCUAAUGUUCUCAAUAAGCUGACUUUUAACUUUAUUAAUAAAACUUUUAGCAUGAGAUUUUUGAUAUUUGUGUUGUAUACGUACGCAAUUUUAAAAUAUAUCCUUGUUAUGUUGCUUCUCAUUGUUAACCAAAGAGCACGUUGAAGAUAAUCGCGUUCAUUCUUGGUAAUCACUUUUAGACUUCGAUGUGUCAACUUUCUGCAAAAUUUCAUUGACAAACUACGUUUUGGAAUGUAUUUUUUAUAAAUCAAUGGAAUAGAACGAGCUCUGAAAAAUCCUUUUAUUUCUUUGAGGCACACUAGCCUGCACAUUUAUCCUUAAGAAAUUUACGAAGUUUGGAUAAGAAACAAGAGACCUGUUAGUUGGAGUUUGCUAAUGAGUUGAAAUCAGAUGCAUUUGGUAAAUUUCAAAAGCUAUUUCAACUCAGCCGAGCCACUGGCAGCAAGGGAUCUGAUGUCAGUGAAAUAAUCUGUCAAAUUGAUGACACACCAUUUAGUAGUCUCUAAAAGUGCUUCGAACACUGUAUGGAGGACUCCGAAGGACAGUUAGUUUGUUGCUACAGAAGUGUCGGUCGAACUGUCCUGUGCUCCUGACCUAAUGGCUGCUGGUCUUGGUGACAUACUCUCAUGUCUUUUUAUGAAUGUUAAUGAAUUUCUGGUCAGAGAACUGAUUAAGUUGUUUUGAAGAUUUCGAGGAAUUGAGUGCUCCAUCACCUUUGGAUUAAGCGGUCGUCAUAUCUAUUUUUUAAAAGGAGACCUAAGUAUGUUAUGCUACAAAUAUCAGCCGGUAACUCUACUUCAGACUGCUACCGAUUUACCAGCUUCCCUCAUACUCUGCAGAUUGUGGUAAGCUCACGAAGGAAUAAAUUGCGAGGAUCAAGCUAGUUUUCUUUGUGGCCGUAGACCCAUUGACGUCUUCACUAUCGAAUAAGCGACGUCACAUUUAUUCCAGUUCAAUUAUCGUUACUUUUGAUUUGUUUGACACGAUUGUACUUUAAGACUUCAAGUACGAUGUGAAUGAGAAAUUCAUUUACACACUCAAGGCUAUGUACGAGAACACUUCAGGCAGAGUGUGAACAAUAACCAUCUGUCUCCAGUUUUCCAGUACGAUAUUGGGUGGAAUGGUUGCUCAAUCUCAACAUGGGGUGAAGUCUUACAUUUCUCUUCUUAACUUGGGUCAGAAAUCAAUUGUUUCUAAGAUUAAUGUCAUAUCUCGGUUUUAGUACUAUGAAGAUAUAUUGAACGUACUUGUAUCUCAUUCUUUAUUGCUUAUCGGUAUAAGAUUUUAACUCAACGCAUUUUUCAGUGUUGUUACUUGAAAUAGAGAUGUUUUUGUUGAUUAAAAUAUUCCGUUACUAAUAAAUAUUAAUCUCAACAUUCGUUUUUUACUCAUUUUUCUUAUAAAAUUGAUUACAGCUGAACUACGUGUUGUUGUGUGUGACUCGGGUGAAGAAAUAUGCCGUGUCUUAGAACAAUCAUUGUCCUUCAUCAAUUUAGUAAUUGUAGUAAACGAUGGUCCUAAAGUCGCAGAAGCCAAGGUUCGGUUUUCAUCAAAUGUGAAAAUCUAUUUAUUUGAUGAAUUUUUAGUAAGUGUUUCUAUGACUUUCUAUCAUAUGAACAUUUCAUCACAGAAAAAACUUGACUUUAUGCUAUGAAUUUCAAUUGACCAAUACCAUGAUAUUUCGCAUAUAUUUUGUGGAAAAAAACCAAUAAAAUUUCUGGAAAGCACUUGUUAGAUUGAAAUUUAUCUCGAUAAAACCUGUCGCUAAUUUUUGCAUAAUUGUAAGUGCUCUUAGACUCCUUUAUUUAUUCCUUCCUAAAGAUUGGCCCAAAUAAGCUGAUGAAUGUAGGUUGUCGAUUUAAAUUGCUAUUUGAAUACAAUUUUUCAUAACUAUAUCUCCAAUAAAUAUUGAUACAUUUAUCAUUAUAACUCUAAUCUUAAAGUUUGAUUUGUCUGUAAUGGUUACCCUCUAACAUAAUUUUCAUUGAUGAAAAUUUAUUCUCUAAAUUCAAUCUCCUUUUUGUGUUUAUAACUACAUUCAUUUUAAAUGAAUGUGCUAUUGAAUUCUUCCGUUGGUUCUUGGUAACGUUUUUACUUUUUAUUUAUCCAGAGGGCAAUGUUCUCUAUGUCAUGUUGUUUUAUAUUCUGUAUUUUAUCUUCAAGUUCAAAUUGUAACUAGUAUCUUUACCUGUUUUCUUCCGGAAAAACCCCCAGCUUUUUCGCUUGCCUGAAAACUGAAAUACGACCCCAAAAUUUGUCGAAUACUCUGCUUUCCAAACUUCACCAAAUUACUGAAUACUAUUUAAAAUAGAAUAAACAUGUAAUAUAUAUUGCUUCUGUAUUUAUUUAUAUAUAUAUAUCACAAUUUUGGUUUGUAAGCAGCUGACGAGAAACCUCGAAAUAAUAUGAAUUCAUACUAUUCUGCAUCAAUGUUUGUUCUUGCUCUAUUUAAAUUCAUAAAGGGAACCAAUUGCAUGAAAUUUAUAUACUUCAUCGGGUUAGUGAACACACAAAAACAUCAAGCGCAUUAGAAACUCUUGGAUUGAACGCUGACAUCAACGAAACCUUACGGAGGAUCACAAAACUAUUUCACCCUUGUUCAAAACUUUUUCGACAGUGCACACUCACGUUCCCACGAUAAGAAUUUCAUAGAUUUUACUGUAUAUUUAGGCCAUAAAGUUCAAAUGCCAUAGACAUUCUCCAUUUCAGUCAUUUUAAGACAUCUCGGCCAUCAUCUGAUGCUACCAUUAAGUUACUACGUUAUUUCCGAAAGGAGUAAACUAUUUAUUCAAUGAUUUUUAAAGCCUUAGUGUUACUUAGUCACAGUUGAUCUUCAUAAUUUAUAUGUAAACAUGUUGUUUUAAGCCUGGUUAUUAGUGUUCUUUGCUUUAAAUAAAACAUUUUUCCCGACAGUGUAUUAAGAAGUUGCUUAUUAAGACAGUUUAAAAAAUAUCUAAUAACCAACAUUCGACUUUGAACUUCUUCCUUAUUGGCAGUAUAAACUUGAUGCUUAUAUGUAGUAUCAGUUAAGUCAGCAAAUACUUCAAUUUGAAUUGAGAACAGAAAAUAGGAUCAUCUCAUUUCUUGCAACAAUUUAUAAAGAAGCUAUUGUAAUAAAUUUUUUAUCUGACACAUCUGCUUGAUUUGGUUCAUAAAACUUGAUUAUUCCAAUUCUUGUUUAUUUUGCAUAUCAGGAGUAAUAUAAAUUUACUAAACGGAAUAAUAAAAUUUUGAUAUUGGUUAUGUUGGGAAAAUAAUAACACGUUUAGUUUACCAAAUAUUAUUAUUGAGGUCAAAUUUAGUAGUGUUAAAUGCUUAUCGUCCGUCUAUUAAGUUCAACAAUAUGACCACUACUCCAGAUCUCUACGUUUCCAGCAUUGAUAUUAAUGCGCAAAAAUGUUGUUAACAUAACUACCUGUCCAAAUCGUUGCAUAACCUAUUUUAUUUAACACAUAAGUGAUACUCAAUUUCUGAGAAAGGUAAGAUAAGCAUGAUAAUUUGCAUUUGUUAUACGACCUGUUUUUUCUUUAUCUUUCAGGCUAUUGGAAUUAAAUAUCAUAUUCCAAAAACUGUAAGUUUCAGGUUUUCUCGGUUUUUCCUGAAACCCUGCAUUUUGUGUAUCAUCAUUAUAUGACAGUAAACUACUUAAUUUUGAAGAAUUUGAAGAUUUAAUAAAAUCAAAAUAUCUUGUUGGGUGAGUAGAAGUUUGAGGUCUGUAAAGAGGUUCUUCUCGAUUGUCGAAAAUUCCCGGUUAUGCUGCUUUUUCAAUCUAUGAAGAGUCGGAUAUGAGGACUUGCAAUUUUACUUUGUCUACUACCUUCCUUUAUUAGAGUUCAGUUAGGUUGUUCCUAAAACUACUUGUUGCAUAAAUCGAAAUUAAUGUUUUCUUUUGAAUAUGUCAUUAUACAGUCUUAAAACACCAUCCACUUCAUCAAAUUACGAAUCAAUGGAUAAAAGUCUUUUAUAAUUCAAUAAUAAUUUAAGAAACAUCGGAAUUCAUUUAUUAUGAAUAUACAUUUUUUGAUAAUUCAAACGUGAUUCCAUCGGUAUAUGGCCACUGUAUAGUCUUAAAAACAAAUAACAAGAGUAGUGUUAACACAAAAUGUAUUAGCUAAAAUGAUGAAAUAUAAAAAUGCUAAAAUGGACUGUCUACAUUUCUGAGACACAUCAAUUUAACCAUCCAAAAACAUUUAGCUCGAAUGUGUCACUUUUGCAAAUGAUCAGCUAUUAGUUAGAGUAACCUGAGUUACAUUCACUUUUAUAGAUAAUUAGUUGAUAAAUGACGUUAGAAUACACCUUUAAUCUUAAUAUGGUUUAAAACUAUAAGGCGUUUGUCGCGUGCAAUGUAUUACAGCGUUUAAUAAUAGGCAAAAAGACAGUUAGUAAAUGUUAUUCUAUAUGAUUGUUAUAUGUCAAGUGUAAAUUAACUUCUUAAUUUUUAACUUUGUUUAGGAUCCUAAACCAGAUGAUUUAUAUAUGAUUUGCUUUACCAGUGGAAGCACAGGUAGUUUUAUAAUUACUUUCUCGUUUUAUUUCAUUUUGUUAUGAUUUAUUAAGUUUCUUGUAGUUUUUAUGGACAGACAAUUUUCUGUUCAUCUAUGAAAAUCGUUCUUGAAACAAAAUACUGACUUCCAUUCUUGUUUGCUCGAGAUAAUCGAAAAUUAUGUAGCCGUUUUGCAACGAUCUAGUGAUUGAAUCGCUAGGAUGGGUUGGAACUUUAUUACUCCCGAUAAACGGACCCUGAUCAGUUAGCUUUUACCGAAAAUAGGAUGACUCUGGAGCUGUAUGAAGUAAUUUAGUUUCACAAACUAUGUCGAAUGUAAAGUUUGUGGUUAGUUAGUUCUUUUGGUUCUUGAUGUCUGAUAAAUAUCCCCUGAUCUCUGAUUUCUUAUACAUUAUGUGUAGGUUUACCAAAAGGUGUGAUGAUCGAACAACAACAAAUUGUCGAUGCAGUCUUUGGAAUCAUUGAAAAUACUGAAGAGAAGUGCUGUAAUAAAUUAUCAACGCAUCUUUCAUAUUUGCCAUUUGCUCAUAUCAUGGAGCAAGUAAACUCCUCUGUUGUCAUUCUCGAAGGAGCUAAAAUUGGGUUCUUGACAAGUACUGUCGAUGGACUACUUGCUGAUUGUGAAAGUCUAAAGCCAACUGUAUUAACUGCUGUUCCACGUGUUUUAUCCCGUAUUUAUACCAAGUAUUAUGAAGCCAUUGAAGGAUCAGCUCUAAAAACUCGUUUGGUUAAUCAUGUAAUAAAGCAAAAGCUUGGUGAACAAAAACGCACUUCAGUGUGGAAUUAUUUGUGUUGAUUAUUAUCUUGGUGAAUAAAAGUGAGAUUAAAAGAUUCAAUUUCUUCUUCAUUAGGGGGAAAUUUAAUCAUCAAAGUAUUUUGGACACGCUUUGCUUUAAAAAACUUCACCAAUCUCUUGGUGGACGUAUUUGUGGAAUAAUAACAGGCGGUGCUCCUUUGAUGCCCGAAAUUACACAGUUUAUGCGUGCUGUAUUUAAUGGACUUGUUGUCGAAGGCUUUGGUUGCACAGAGACUAUGGGAGUUGUAACCGUAUCUUUAGUCGGAGAAUUUCGUGUUGGUGCUUUGGGUGCCGUUGCUUAUGGUGUAGAAGUUAAAUUGGCCGACGUAUUAGAUUUAGGUCUUGUUGUCAAAAGAGAUAAUCGAGGAGAGAUAUGUGUGAAAGGUAAGCGUUGCACCAAAGGUUACUACAAAGAUCCUCAAAGUACAGCGCUGCUAAUUGACUCAGACGGUUGGUUACAUACUGGAGAUAUAGGAGAAUGGACCCCAGAAGGUUCAUUGAUGUUGGUUGAUCGUGUUAAAAGUAUUUUCAAGUUGGCUCAAGGUGAAUAUGUAGCACCAGAAAAACUGGAGGCACUUUAUCAAAGUUGUGGUCUAAUCAAUCAAAUUUUUAUUGAUGCCAAUCCUAAAUCCAUUUAUCCCGUAGCUAUAAUAGUUCCAAACUUCAACGAAUUACGUGAAUCACUUAGCAAAACAGAUCAUGAAUUGGUUAAUUUAUCCGAUCAUGAUUUAUGUCAACAUGAAUCUGUCCAUCGAAAAUAUCUAAAUGUUUUGGAUCAAAUCGCCAAUGAAAGAUUUCUGAAAGGAUUUGAAAAA